AUGGGAGGACAAUGGGAGGACAAUGGGAGGAUGGAAGACAGGAGGACAGACAAUGGGACAUGGGACAUGGGACACGGGACACGGGACAUGGGACACGGGACACGGGACAUGGGACACGGGACACGGGACACGGGACACAGGACACGGGACAAUGGGACAUGGGACAUGGGACAUGGGACAUGGGACAAUGGGACAGAAAAAUGGGCAAUGGGUAAACAUGGGAAUGGGAAGGUGGAGAAUGGAGAAAUGGGAGGAGGACGGGAGGAUGGGAGAAUGGGAGAACAGGAGAACGGGAGAACGGGAGAUAGGAAAGCAGAAAAUAGGACAGAGACACGGGAGAAUUUUUUGGGAAGGGCAAGAGUCAACAGCAAGACACAAACAGUGAGACUGAAGUUUACCUGGGACACUGGCUUGCAUCCCGCUGGCCGAGAUAGGAAAAAUGGGCAAUGGGUAAACAUGGGAAUGGGAAGGUGGAGAAUGGAGAAAUGGGGUGAAUGGGGAGAUGGGAGGAGGAGGACGGGAGGAUGGGAGAACAGGAGAACAGGAGAACAGGAGAACAGGAGAACGGGAGAUAGGAAAGCAGAAAAUAGGACAGAGACACGGGAGAAUUUUUUGGGAAGGGCAAGACUGAAGUUUACCUGGGACACUGGCUUGCAUCCCGCUGGCCGAGACAUGUGCCGAAGGCACAACGGGUGUGGGCUAGUUCAAACAAAAUCGCAAAGUUCAUUACAUGUCCACCCUAGUAGGGCUUCUGGCGAUCUGACCGUCCGUCAUCAACGUCCGCUCGUGUCAGAGCCCACGAUUAUGGCUGGCCCUUUGAUUGACACCCUGCGACCCCAUACUUCCUGA